AUGGCAAAGAAAACGCAUCUCGAGGAGUUCGACGGGAUUAAAGACAAGGACGGACGGAGCCUGCGCAUCGAGGACUUUGUCGUCAACGCCCACUCUACGUCGCGGCUCGUGGAACUCAUCCAGGCGAAUACAGGAAGUCAGCGGGAACUCUCCUUCUCCGCGCACGAUGCGCCCUCCGAGAUCCCGGUGGAGUUGAUUUGCGCCCUCUACCGGUGCGAAGCCCUGACAGAGCUGUCGCUAUACGGACAGCUGACGCUAGAGGCUACCACUGCACUGGAAAAACUGAUGCAGUCGAACGAAUCUAUCCAGAAGCUAUCUCUUCAAGACAAUACCCAAGACCAACGCAACCUAAGUGCACUAUGCAACGACCUGAGUGCAAACUUCUCUCCCACGGAGCUGCACUGGCUGCACUACGAAUGCGUAAGCCUGAACUUCGGACAGCUGCUGCAACUGCUUAAGCGCAAUAGCAGGCUCGAGUCUCUGGUUCUGAGUGGCAACAAGAACAGACCAAUGCAGUUGGAAAAGCACCAUGGCAUGUCGAUGAACACGCUACUGGUGCACAGUGCUGGACUUCGCAGCUUGGAGGUUCGUCACUGCACCUGGACCAGUCUUGCCGCCGAAGAAGUCGCUGCCGGAUUGGCACACAACGGUUCCCUCGAGCGUUUCGAUGUAUCUCGGUGUUACCUCGACUUUGGCGUAGUGCUGAGGCUAUGCAGCGCGCUUGAAACCAACGAUACCUUGAAGAUGCUGGUGUUUCGCCCCGACAAUGACUUCCUGCAUGAGCCAGUUGGUUUGUCUGGAAAGCUGGUGGCUGCCAAAUGUUUUGCCCGCACGACAACAACUUGGCCCAAGGCAUACACUCCGGCCCUCACUGAAGCCUUAGAGGUGCCCAUGCUAUGUCCAGAGGAGCUGCACCUCUCUGCCUUUGGGUCUUACAACGGCUCUUUUCAACAACUAUGCAAAGCCCUCGGUAACAGCACCAUCAAGUGCCUCUUCGUUAAAUUCUCCAAAUGCCCGAUCAGCCAGGUGCGAACAUUGCGCGGAGCACUCGCUGCCAGCCAGGUGCAAACAUUGCACGAAGCACUUGCUGCCAACUCCUCCAUCAGGAAGCUUGUAUUGCAGGAGGACAGCAUAUCCAUUGGCUGCUGUUUUGCUGUGGCCGAAGCUCUGAAGAAAAACAGAACGGUGACCGAAAUUUCUCUCAGCAUCCACGAGCUGAACUACUACGGUGUAGAAAGUCUUGAGUCGGUGGCUCUUGCAAGUGAUGCCUUGGAGAAGUUGAUGCUAAACUGUAUCUAUGUGGUGCGGAGAUGCGUGCGUGACAUGCGCGACCUUUGCCCCUCACUGACCUCUAGUGGCACGCUAACGGGUUUCUCCAUAUUCAAUGAGAGGUGCUGCACUGAAUGUUUAGUCGCUAAAGUCAAGCACUGCGUGGAUCAGAACAGGAGAAAAUGGAACUGUGCCCUUCAUUUUGUGCUCAACCCCUGCGUCAACAAGCGCUGGGCAGUGGCGUUCGAGUCACUGCAGGAAAAGCCUUGUUUCCUCCAGCGCGUCACGAGAGCCUUGGGAAAGUUGUCGCAAGACGCAUCGAGAAUGAUCAGUUCGGCAAAGCAUUUCAUAGCGAGAAACUACCUUUUAGUAACUGGAGUCGUCUCGCAAGGCGUCGCAUGCCAUCCUCACCUGGAGACUCAGGUAGACAGCCUGAACAGUGACUGCUGGCUUACCAUUGGAGAGUACCUAAGAGUGCUUGAUGUGGUCGACGACAGUUCCGAAAGUUGGUGCUAAAUACGGCCAAGUAAUGUCUCAUGGUUCAGUCUGUUCACAAGUUCUUGCCAGAGUAGGAGGUAGUCUACAUUGACCGGUUUCAUUUAUACUCCUCUUCAGGCCCAUGUGCUGCACACAUGAGGUAUUUGAAUCGUGUGCAUGUGGAUUUUCUCACAGUAGCCCGUGAUACACCGGUCGACAUCGGACACCUUACCAGUGUAGGCACUAAUAACAUCCAUAUGCAGAACGCUGCGGAAACAAUAGAAUCAGUGGAGAACAUAAUACACACUAACUAGGCUCCUUGCCCAAACACACUAAUAACUGUAACAACUACAGCUUUCUGCUAGCAAAACAAAAAACAAAAAAACAAUGUGUUCUUGAAGUGCACUGAACAUAGCAGCUACCUGAAUGCACUCGUUUUUCAGUUUAGAGAACAUUCAUUAGAAUAUUGAUGCAGAAAUGCAUGAAGCACCGCAUCACCAUCUAACCUGGGAUAGCUUUUACAUUAACUGCGGAGGAGUAUAGCUACUUUCGGAACAAAUCCAAUACUUCACCAAAGACAAGUGUAAUAUGCACAAUGGCCCAGCCCCAGAAACAUGUCCUCUGACUCUCCUGACUUCUAAGAUUCCAUCAAGAACAUUCCAUACAUGAACAACAGAAAGUGAAACACCACUGGGCACAAGUUGCUAUAAAAAGAGACCAACGGCAGUUGAAACAGACGCGAGCACUGCUGACAUGAAAUCCACAGCAAAAGUUUCAAUACGGACAGCAACACACCCUCUUGAAACCAGUGUCAACAGUCAAUUCUGUGCACAAUCCGUGUUUUCGCACAGACACUACUAGCCUGUCUGCACAAACAUAGACCCAAAUUGACAAAGAAGUUAAAUUAAACUAGGAGCAUGUGAUGAUAUCUCCCAAGGAGAAAUAAGUUGUCCCACAUAGAUAUCUUCGCCCCAAAGUAAAUAAGUCGCAAGCACUGAAAGUUAACAACCCCUCUCUGCCACAUAGCAUCGAAUUCCUACAGGCUAGAAAACAUAUAUAAAAGACAUACCAGCUACACCAUUCUUAUGAACACCUGCCUGCAUCGUACACAAAAUAUAAUCCUUAAAGGGAGGUGAUACCCACCCUACGUGGUCAUCAGUUUUGACAGGGGUUACUAGUGUAUUACUCACAUCUAUUUAAUAGUUGAAGAAGGUUCCUGCCUGCAAGUACACGGGACUAUUAUGGUUACAUCCUGUACAUCCAACCUAUACUUACGUGUUUGUGGAGACCACAAAAAAGUUUUUGAUCUCAACGCACUCCCAAAUCUCACAUUUCUUGUAUCUUUUUAUACACUUGCAUAUUUAUGUUGUUCUUAGAUGUAAUAAAAUCAUGUAUUUUUGACAACAUUGAUAA